AUGGUAGUUUACUCUGAUCACGAGCAAGCCUUGGCGCUGGCCUCUCUUCCCGGUGACGUUGACGGUUACAUUUCCAUUUGCGGUUACGGUUCCCUCCUCUCCGAGAAAAGUGCCAGAUCUACUUUUCCAAAUCUAAUUAACUUCCGAUCCGCAAGAUUAAACGGUUUCCGCCGUCUCUUCUCUAUUGUAGGAGGUUUCUUUUUCACUCAUGGCAUCGCCAACCCUAGAACUCAGGAAAUGGCUGCCCUCUCUGUGGAGCCUUUUCAAGAUGAAACAAUUAUAGUUACUGUUUUUGAUAUUAACAAAAGUGAGGUAAUGCAUUUUCUAAAUUUUGUAGUUAUGCAAAUUUGUUUCUGA